UAAAGGAAGAGGAACAAAGUCUGUUAUUGUGCUGUGCCCAUAAUGGCGCUGAACAUAGCAGGGACCCUUCUCCUGGCUGCUGGGGUCACUAUCCUCAUUUACUUCAUUAAGUGGUGGAAAUAUAUAAAGCAGAGGAACCUGCCCCCGGGGCCCACACCUCUGCCCCUGUUGGGGAAUAUCAUGCAGCUUGGCAGUACAGAAGUACCACAAUCAUUGCUGAAGCUGAGUGAGAAGUAUGGACCUGUGUAUACCAUCUACCUGGGCAAUAAACGCUCUGUUGUACUGAUUGGCUACGAAGCUGUGAAUGAAGCGUUGGUUGACCACGGUGAUGUGUUUAGUGACAGAGGAGAGGUAGAAGCAGCUACUCUGUUCUUUAAGGAUUAUGGCAUCGUAAUGAGCAAUGGAGAAAGAUGGAAGACAAUGCGUCGAUUCUCCCUCAUGACUAUGAGGAAUUUUGGAAUGGGGAAGAGGAGCAUUGAGGAGAGGAUCCAGGAGGAGGCCCAUUGCCUUGGAGAGACAGUUAUGAAGAACAAAGAAACCCCAUUUGACCCAGCAUACCUACUGCAACUGGCUGUGUCCAAUGUUAUUUGCUCCAUUGUGUUUGGCAAGAGGUUUGACUAUGAGGAUGAGAAAUACCUGACCCUCCUAUCGCAUAUGAGAGAUUUUGUCAAGCUGAUGAACUCUGGAUAUAGCGGGCUUCUCGGUAUGUCCCCAACCUUGAUGAGCUAUGUACCAGGCCCUCACCAGAGAUUGAUAACAACUUUCCAAAACCUGAAAGACUUUGUGAUGGACAUGGUGAGGUACCACCAAAACACACUGGAUGAGAACUGCCCACGAGACCUCAUAGACUGUUUCCUCAUGAGGAUGGAAGUGGAAAAAAAGAACCCGGACACAGAAUUUCAUGAAGCAAAUUUACAGGCAACAAUAAUCGACCUGUUCUUUGCUGGGACAGAGACUACAAGUUCAACAUUAACAUAUGCCUUCCUGAUUCUGCUGAAGUUCCCUGAGAUACAAGAGAAGAUCCACAAGGAAAUAGACAAUGUCAUAGGCAGAGAUCGCUGCCCAUCCGUGGAGGACAGGAGUAAGAUGCCGUACACAGACGCUGUUAUACAUGAGAUCCAGAGAUUUGCUGAUAUUGUCCCUAUAGGAGAGAUGCAUGCAGCCAGCAAAGACACAACCUUCAGGGGACAUCAUAUUCCAAAGAUCCGGAUCCCACCAGCAUCCCUACAAACCAAGCGGAGCAGAUGCUUAUCUGAUUAGCACUACCGUAUCCCCAACCACAAACACGACUACAGGGGAUACUACCUUCCUGCCCUUUGCUGAUGGAUAAUGUCUGCCUGGUUCCGCUUGGCUGCAGAUAUGAGGAGGCCCGGACGAUGCCCCCAAUUGAUAAAGUCAAAUAUUACCUAUGAACAUAAGCUAUAUACUUAUUAUAGACUAAUUACGCAAUUGGCGCAAGGAGUACCGUAAUGGUACGCACUUAGCGUAGCAGACACUAGGCCGUGAGCGCGACGCACGAGCGACAUGUACGCUCAUGGGCUUACGCUUAGUAUCGAGCACGCUAUGGGCGUCCCGAGUACCGUACUGCUACGCAGUUGGCGUAGCAGACGCUGUGCCGUGAGAAUGGGACAUGAGCGGCGCAGACGCUCACUAAAUGAUACACACUAAACCUUAUAACAACUCACUGUAAGGGUAUGCUUAUACUGUAAACCUUAGUACUGUGAUACUACAAUGAUGUAAUGCUUAUUGACCUUGAUAAUAUGAA